AUGGAUAAAGACUUGCAUGAAGUACUGCCAGCUACAACUGCCCAGCUUAAGGGCAUUCGUCUUGGUAUUUUGUCUGAUGAAGAUGCGGAGAAGCUAUCUGCAUCCGUGAUUGGAUCAGUUCAUGAUGUAUCAAGUGCCUCGCUGGGACUUCCUACGUUUAAUGCUACAGAGUGCACUACUUGUGGUGCCAAAAAUGCAAGAGACUGUGAAGGGCAUUUCGGUCGGAUCAACCUCCCGUUCACUAUUCUGAACAAUUAUUACAUGCCCGAAAUUGCACAAGUUCUUAACAAAAUAUGUGUAGGAUGUAAACGUAUCCGGUCUGGCAAGGCCAAGAAAGCUGAUUCUGCUGCAAGUCGUCAUCCGCCUACGAUAUGCAAAUAUUGUCAUGGAAGCGCAAGAUUCGGAUACCCUAAAAUGAAAUUCCGUAUAUCUUCGAAACAUGUCUUUGCCAAGAGUGCGAUUAUUGCGGAAGUCCAUGAAAAAUUUGUUGAUAAGAACUCUGGCUUCAGCCUGGCUUCGGAUUAUUGGGAUGUAAUCCCAAAAGAUAUUGAUCAAGCGCACGACAAGUUGCCGCCAAACAAGAGAGUACUAUCUCCUGCUCAGGUCUUUACCAUUUUAAAGGACAUAGGUGAAGGUAUUCUGGAAAAGCUUGUGAAGAGGAAAAACGCAAUCUUCCAAAAUACUUUGCUCGUGACCCCGAAUAGUCAUCGGGUGAGAGAAUUUAAUCAGCGCAUGACUACUGAUGAGACUACAAAGUUGUACCGAAAGCUGGUUGAUUUUUCAGGCACACCAAAUGGACUGAGUGCUGGCGUUCUUGAAAGAUACAAGUUGUCCAAGUUACGCUCUGAGACAGUCUCGAACCAACAAAAGGCAUACGAAAAAGAGUCAUUAAACGAGUCAGUCUCGAGCUCAUCAGGUCUGAGGAACCUCAAAGACCUUGUGCUCGGCAAGCGAACAGACCACUCCUUCCGUAUGGUGGUUGUUGGCGACCCGAGACUCAAAGUUGGUGAAAUCGGGCUGCCCUCUCAAAUAGCCGAGAAAAUGCUCGUCUCUGAUCACAUCAACUCAUGGAACUGGGACAAGCUCGAGCAGUGCUGUGAUUUCAUGCUCAAGGACAGGGGAUGCUUUUCUGUCCUAAGGAAUGAUAAAACGGUCACAAUCUGGACAAAGGACAUGUUAAGACAAGGCGAUUCCAUCCGCCGGCAGCUAUUGGAUGGGGACAUAGUUUUGAUCAAUCGGCCCCCUUCUAUCCAUCAGCACUCGCUCAUAGCAUUGUCUGUCAAGAUUCUCCCAGUAAAUUACGUUAUAUCCAUAAACCCUCUAAUCUGUGAUCCUCUCAGAGGGGACUUUGAUGGGGACUGCCUGCACGGCUACGUGCCGCAGUCCGUGAAUUCGAGAGUCGAGCUUAGAGAGCUUGUAUCUUUGGACAGGCAGCUGGUGAACGGACAAAACGGGCGAAAUCUCCUCUCGUUGAAUCAGGACAGCCUUACUGGGGCCCACCUCUUGCUGGAGGAUGGUGUUGUCAUGACCAAAAUCGAGAUCCAGCAGUUGCAGAUGCUUUGUUCUUCUUCUUCCCACGCGCUGCUGCCAGUGCCUGGUAUUGUGAAGUCCUCUUCUUCAGGGUCCGCUUUGUGGACUGGGAACCAACUGUUUAGUGAGCUUUUGCCUCGGGAUUUCGAAUUUAGCUACCCAUCGAACGGCGUUUGCAUACGGCACGGGGAAGUCGUGUCGUCGUGCUCGAAUGGAUCGCUUUGGCUUAAUGACAGUAGCGAGAAUCUCUUUCAGUGCCUUGUGAGGCACUACCGGGAUAAUGUGCUCGAUUUUUUAACGGCCGGGCAGGAGGUUCUUUGUGAGUGGCUCAUGAGGAGAGGAUUGAGUGUUUCUUUGUCGGAUCUUUACCUCUCUUCGGAUAAAGAUUCCCGGAAGAAUCUUUUGGAGGAAAUAAAUUUCGGUCUGCAAGAGGCGAAGAAAUUAUCCGAGAUCAGUUUGGUGAUGGUGGCUGGCAACGAGCAUCUUCUGAUGGAAAGCAGCUCGAACGAGAGUGAAAACACAGACAAUGUUUUUUUUCCCCUGCGGAAUUUAGGAGCCCAGCAGCAGUCUGAUCCUCGGCUCUUUCAAGCUUCGGUUUUGGCUCUCAAGUCAGUUUCGCGAGACAUGCAGAGUCUAGUAUACAAGCACGCAGGAAAGAACAAUUCUCUCAUAGCCAUGCUGAAGGCCGGAAGCAAAGGGAAUCUUCAAAAGUUAUUCCAACACAGUAUGUGCGUGGGUUUGCAGCACACGCUAGCCCCAGUUGCCUUUCCUGUCCCGAUUGAGCUCUCGUGUGCUGGAUGGAACAAGGAAAAGAAUCGUCACGAAGAGUUGCGUGGAUUUGAGGCAGUUUCAGACUCGUACAUUCCAUGUACAAUGGUGGGGAGCUCCUUCUUGGAAGGUUUAAAUCCCAUGGAGUGUUUCAUGCUCUCAUUGACGACACGUGACAGUACUUUCGGUGGCCAUGCGGAUGUUUCUGGGACUCUGGCUCGGAAGUUGAUGUUCUUCAUGAGAGACUUGAUGAUUGGGUAUGAUGGCACUGUCAGGAGCAGUUACGGAAAUCACGUCGUGCAAUUUGAUUAUUGCUCGGAGAACACGCUUGCUGAACGUGAUGAUGGUCCUGUUGCCGGACAUCCAGUUGGCUCAAUGGCUGCUUGUGCCAUUAUUGAAGCUGCCUACAGUGCUUUGGAUCAACCAGUCAGUGUGCUAGAACCAUCGCCUUUGUUAAAUCUGAAGAGAGUUCUGGAUAGUGGGGUUAAAAGAAAUACCGGAAGUAAAAGUGCAUCGUUGUUUUUGGCCAAAAGACUUGAGAGAUGGGCAAAUGGUUUUGAGUAUGCGGCUUUAGAAGUGAAGGAUCAUUUGGAGAGCCUGACUUUGGCUGACGUAGUUUCUGAAGUAAAGAUAUGCUUCUCGAGCAAGACAGGAAAACGCAGCACUGCAGGUCCAUGGGCUUGCCAUUUUCAUAUAGACAAGGAAGUUGCCAAGAAGAAGCGGCUGAAAUUGAGCUCGGUCAUCGAUGCCCUUAAUAUGAACAGAAAAUCAAGUGGGGUAAAAUGGAAAAUAGAUCUUCCCCUGCAUAUUACGAGCAAGGCUUGUUCUGAAAUUGAUGACCAUAGAAGCCUCGAUUCAAUUAUUUGCGUUACGGCUGCACUUUCCGAGAGCUUCAAUGAAUUCUCUGACCUGGAUGUUCUUCGUGACAUGGUUGAACCUGCCCUUCUGAAGACAGUGAUAAAAGGAUUUCAGGAAUUUAAAAAGGUCGAUAUUUUGUGGAAAGAUGAUCAAAAUAAUCCAAAAUCUACAAGGCGGCGGUCUUCAGGGGAACUCUUUUUACGGGUUGUGAUGUCAGAUCUCUGUGAUAGAACCAAGUUCUGGAGCAUCCUUUUAGAUAAGUGCCUCCGAAUAAGAAAUCUAAUCGACUGGAACCGUAGCCAUCCGGAUGACAUUCUUGAAUGUGGUGAAGCAUUUGGAGUUGAUGUUGCAUGGUACCGUUUUGUGAAAGAUUUGCAUACCGCAAUUGACGACACUGGAAAGACCAUCCUUCCUGAACAUUUGACCGUGACGGCCAAUUGCCUGUCAGCGAGUGGUGAAUUCGUGCCGCUAAGUGCUAAAGGAUUGUCCAACCAACGAAAGGAAGCCAAUAUUCAUUCACCCUUUGCUCAGGCGUGCUUCUCGAGUCCAAGUGAUUGCUUAGUGAAAGCGGCUAAGAUGGGACAAAAGGACAGUCUUCAGGGAAGUCUAGAGGCUUUAGCAUGGGGAAAAACUCCUUCGGUUGGAACCGGUUCCGAUUUUGAUAUUUUGUAUUGUUUAAAGGAAAAAGGACCAAUCAAGCCUAAAGAUGUUUAUUCUCUGUUGAGCACCCAAAUUGGAUCUGCAAAACCGAUUGAUCCACUGAAAAAAGCUUUAGGGGAAUCUAUUGUGUCCUCUCAUUUCAACACGUUAACGCGUAAAGGUUUGUUCACGCAAUUGGUCUCUGGACGCUUCACCAAGUUGGGAAUUAAGAAAAUUUCACAGAGGUUAAAGCGCAUGCUGAAAGAGUAUCCUAUGAACUCUACAUUGAGAGAACAGGAUAAGUCUACUGCAAUGAAGGCUUUACAUUUUCAUCCACGGUAUCCUUCGAAGGUCGGAUCGGGCAUUCUCGAUAUUAAGGUUGGCCUUCAUCCCGACCACAAACAAACCUGUUUUUUCCUCGUGAGAACUGAUGGAACUGAAGAGGAUUUCUCGUACAACAAAUGCAUCGAUCACGCUUUCGAACUAAUAGAGCCCGACAAAGCAAAUGCUUACAAGACCAGAAAGGAGGAUGUGGCUCAUGCUCCUCCAGUUAAAAUCGGAUAG